GCCACAUUCAAAAAACAAAAACAUUUACUCCAAGACGUUCACGUUUACAACGCAAGGCUUAGAAUUCAGGCUUGCUCAUUUAAUUACUCUCAUAUGGCACCAAAUUCGCGUUAAGAACAAUAGCGCUUUUAAACGCUAUUCAAACUGAGAUGAAAGAUAACUAAAAAAGCUAUGGUGGCCGCACUAAAAGCUCUGAUAAACGUCAGAUAAAUUAAUCAACGUAAUAAAAUUGUGAAUAGAUGGUAAAAAUAAUUAAAUUAUUUACUUCGUGGAAUGAAAAAAUAUUAACACUUAUGCGAAAGGAUAUGUCAUCUCUAAAAACUUGUGCUGUGUGUGGUGACAAAGCCCUCGGAUACAAUUUUAAUGCUAUAACCUGUGAAAGUUGCAAGGCCUUUUUCAGGCGGAAUGCUUUGUCUAAAAAGCAAUUCAACUGCCUAUUCAAUCAAAACUGUGAGGUUACGGUGAUAACCAGGAGAUUUUGUCAGAAAUGUCGUUUGAAGAAGUGCCUAAAUAUUGGUAUGAAAAGUGAGAACAUCAUGUCUGAGGAAGACAAAUUAGUUAAGAGGCGUAAAGUAGAAAGUAAUCGUGUUAUGAAUAAACUUAAAAAUGACAAAAGCAGUAAAUUAAAUAAACCCAGUGAGAACGAGUUGCAUGAAGAGACCAUAACUAUUAAUAGUAAUGGUUGCGAUUCUUACUCACAACAAAGUAGUGGCUCCUGCGAUGGAUUGAGAACGUUAAGCCCAAGUACAUCUCCACAAUUGUGUUCUGCGGUGCUAGCCAAAAAUUUAAACCCGGAAUAUAUGACAAGCAAAGAGAUUGUAGAUUUCAUUUUGUGUGACCCGGAGCAAACAUCACAAGCCAUAAAUAAGUUAAUGAGAACGCCAACAGAAGCUCUCUCAACCCUAGAAAUAAUUAUUGAUUCCCAAGUUGAUGCCUUAAGAUUAAUAUCACAUCUGAUUAAUUAUCCAGGCGAUGCUCUAAAAAUCAUCAGUAAAAUCAUGAACUCUCCACUAAGCCCCCUUGCAGUAUUUACAAAGUCUAUGAGCUCGCCCAAGGACGUUUUGGACAUUAUAUCGAAAGUUAUCAGUUCACCUGAAAAUGUAUUACAGUUUGUACGAAAUCUCAUGGAUUCGCCAGCAAAUGCUGCACAUAUAAUGGAUAAAUUCAUGAAUUCCCCUGCUGAGGCUUUGAGUCUGUUAAACCGCUUACUGAAAGGAGGUGACACAUUAACAAGUCCACAUCAACAAAAAUUGUUACAGUUUCAGAUAGAUCAUGAAAGUGUAGUAGCCAAAACUGCUAAUUCUACUACACUCGCUGCUGAUAAUAAUAAAUAUGUAAGGGAAACAUAUAUAGAUGACCCGAUAAUUUUAAAAGACGUCCAUGUAGAGCAGAAUAAUUUUGAUAACACGUUACCAUUGCCAUUUACUUCGGAUUCCUUACCUGCUUUGAAAUGCCAUAAUUCCGUAGCCUCGCACUCAAAUCAGCGUGUAAGUCGUGUAAUGUGUGGUGACUCAACUAUGGCUUCUGAAGUGGACAUUGCAGCUGCCGAAUUUGCAAACGAAUACUUUGACAUUAAAACUUUUGCACAAAAUUCACUUUCCGACGAUUCUAUCUUUAACUUUACGGAUAAUCUUAACUCAUUAGAAUCGGUACUCACUGAAGUAAUACGAAUUGAAUAUCAAGCUUUUAACGAUUUACCAUCAAAAGAUAAUACGAAAAAAGAAGAAAACGUUACCCCUCCCAGCAAUAGCAACAACUCGCAAAAUGUGAUAAUUUCGCCUUUAAUGUUAAAUAAAAAUGUUUCAACUACCCAACAUGACAUUAAACCAUCGCAAAAUCACCGGGGAACGUCUACGUCGCAUAAUCUUAAUGAAAUUGAAAUAAUGAAAUUGAGCGAGUUGAAGACGGCGAGUGAGGCCCUUUAUCUGCCGGUUGAUGACGACUUGACUGUGCUAAUGAGCAAUGAUAGGAUUAAGCCUGAAGAAAGUCAGCAAGACUUCAAAUUGCUGCAAGUCAUCAACUUAACUGCAGUAGCCAUAAAACGCCUUAUAAAAAUGGCAAAAAAAAUUGCAGCUUUCCGUGAUAUGUGCCAAGAAGAUCAAGUGGCUUUACUAAAAGGUGGCUGUACAGAAAUGAUGAUAAUGCGUUCUGUAUUAACCUACGAUGAUGAUCGUAACACAUGGAAGAUUCCGCAUACCAAAGAGGAUAUGUCGAAUAUACGAGCUGAAGUUCUAAAACUAGCAAAGGGAAAUGUCUAUGAAGAACAUUUGAAGUUUAUUAGUACAUUUGAUGAAAAAUGGCGUAUGGAUGAAAACAUUAUAUUGAUAAUGUGUGCUAUUCUUCUUUUUACACCGACAAGAUCUCGUGUUAUACAUUCGGACGUGAUAAAAUUGGAGCAGAAUUCAUACUAUUAUCUGCUACGAAGAUAUUUGGAAUCAGUUUAUUCAGGCUGUGAAGCUAAAUCUGCCUUCAUAAAACUCAUUGAGAAAAUUUCAGACGUUGUGCGUCUAAAUAAAUUCAUCAUCGGCGUAUACCUGAACGUGAAUCCUUCUUUGAUCGAACCAUUGCUGAGAGAAAUAUUCGAUUUGAAAAAUCAUUGAUGUCAUCGACUAACUUUUCACACUUUAUGUGAAGUGAAUUUAAUUCAUUUUAUGUACGUGUUUCUCAACUGUAAAUACAAAUCCCACUAGAUUGUUAAAGUUUAUUUCAAUUGGAAAGCAAAGUAAUAAUAUGAAAAUUAAAGGAAAUGUGACAGCUUUAUACACUUUAGUUCGAAUUUCAUUUAUUCACUGCCAAGUAUUUUUCGCACCCGUGAUGGCAUUAUCGAGGAAUUUUAUUUGUUGUUUGUUAGAUUUUGUACAAGUUAUGGAAAAUUUUGUUUAAAAAUUGGGAUGGAGAAAUGAAUUAGAAUUAGGCAGCUGAACAAAACGGAUUCGAUUAAGAUAGAUUUCUUACAUAUUUCAAUACUCGUAACAUUAUCAUAGAGAUUAGAAGCUAGCUUCUCAUCACUACGCAACGUAAAAAGCAUCCGUCCGCCAUUCACAGGAAUUGCACAAUCAAAGCGAAUUAUUAUCACUAACAAGGAAAUGCUUACGGAAAACUUUAUUAUUAUGCGAUGAUUUUCAGGGCAGGAAAUCAACUACAUUCACCAAGCUCCAAAAAAAUGCUUGAUAUAAUAAUUUCAAUGCAAACAGCGAUUUAAUUUCGUACGCGGGAUCCUCAAAGGAACUAAGCUAAUGAUAAGCAGACAAAAUGGAAAAUGUCAUGAAAAACUGCUCGAACCACCAUUACGUUAUUCAGCCGAGACGUUUUGUUCUAGAAACUUGAAACAAUAUCAAAUCUCGA